GGGCUUUUAUCAAUAAUGGGCCAUAACCCAAUGGGCCUAAGUCCAUAGGCCGUAGCUGCGCGAAAGAACACAAACCCUCCGAUUCAAAGGAAGACGGUAACGGAGUCCUCCAAUCCAUAGAAUCUCUCCGAUCGAAAAGCCGCAGAAGAAAAUGGCAACCGAAACAGCAACAGAAGGAAGCGCCACGGAGGCCACAGCUACCGGUGUUGAGAAGCCGCUGCAGCACAAGCUAGAGAGGAAAUGGACCUUCUGGUUCGAUAAUCAAUCCAAGCCCAAACAAGGCGCCGCCUGGGGCAGCUCUCUCCGCAAGGUCUACACCUUUGACACCGUUGAAGAAUUUUGGUGUUUGUACGAUCAAAUAUUCAAGCCCAGCAAAUUGCCUGGCAAUGCUGAUUUCCACUUAUUUAAAGCUGGAGUUGAACCCAAAUGGGAAGAUCCUGAGUGUGCUAAUGGAGGGAAAUGGUCUGUUACUUGUGGCAGGAAGGCUAUCCUUGAUACUAUUUGGCUAGAGACUUUGAUGGCUUUGAUUGGGGAACAGUUUGAUGAGGCCGAUGAGAUUUGUGGUGUGGUUGCAAGUGUGCGCCAAAGGCAGGAUAAACUUGCAUUAUGGACGAAAACAGCAACAAAUGAGGCUGCACAGAUGAGCAUUGGCAAGAAGUGGAAAGAGAUCAUUGAUGUCACUGAAAAGAUCACUUACAGCUUCCAUGAUGAUUCUAGAAGAGAAAGAUCUGUCAAAGGCCGAUACAAUGUAUAAGCUCUCUCAAUAGUUUUGCAGUAUGGUUUUCUGUUUUGCAUGAUAAAAAAUCGCAAUGAAUUAAAAUGUAUUUUAAGGAAGAUUCCCAGAAUGGAUGCAUUUUAGUGGUUGUCCAAUUUUGUUGUUUGACCAUUUCCUACUUCUAUGGGAGUAUUGUAGCAUCUGCCAAUCUGUAUUGAAGAUACUAGAGACACACAGAUUGUUGUGCCUAAUACAUGUGGAAGAAAAGGCCUUAUUCAUUUUCAA